AUGAGAUAUGCUUUUGGUAGUAGUUACAUAACUUGCUUUAUGGGAAUAAAUAAAGUUAUGAAAAAGUGUGUUUUUAAAAAAAAUAAAUAUUUGUCAUUAGAUUUAUUUGAAAGAAAUGAGAUAAAUAAUUUUCGAAUGAAUAAUAUGGAUAGAAAAUAUGUGCAUAGUAUAAAAGAAGAAAAGAAAAGAGAAGAAUCAGAAGAUUAUUAUUUAUCUAUGGGUGAUAAUAUAGAAAAGCGUUAUAGUUUAGCAUUAUAUAAUGUAGCUAAAAAACACAAUAAAAUAAAUGAAAUAUCUAACGAUAUGUUAUUUAUAAAAAAUUAUUUAUUAAAAGAUACAACAUUCCAAAAAUUUUUACAGACACCAAAUAUUGAAAUAAAAGAAAAAAUCAAUUUUAUUAAAAAUGAAUGUAAAACCUUAAAUAAAUUUAAUGUAAUAACAGAAAAUUUUAUUCAAUCAUUAUUUGACUCAAAGAGAAUAUCUUUUUUACCAAAAGUUAUAGAAGAAUUUGAAUUCUUAUUAUUAAAACAGAGAAAAGAAAUUAAAUGUCUUGUUUAUACAGCAAAAGAAAUUGAUAAUAAUUAUAAACAAAAAAUUCAAGAUUCUAUUUUAUUUAAGUUAAACAAUCAAUUAAAACCAAUCAUUCAAUAUAAAACUGAUCCUUAUAUAUUAGGAGGUCUCAUCUUACAAAUUGGAAAUCAAGUUUAUGAUUUCUCAGCAAAAUCAAAAAUUCACAAAAUUAAAACGAACUUUUCUCAAUAA